GCGGGGCCUCAGCGGGGCGGCCGCUUUGGAGCCGCAAAGUUUGGCUGUGGCGGCAAAUGGGCUUGGGCGGCUCCUCGGCGGGUGGCGGUGGUGGCCGUAGCGGUUCCGCCUGGCCCUGUUAAUGUCGGGGCCAGGCCCGGGGAGGAUGGCGCCCUAGAGCCCGGUCUCGCUGGGGUAGGGGCGGGAGGGGACGGGGCGGGGACCGGCCAUGUCGGAGGUGACCCGGAGUCUGCUGCAGCGCUGGGGCGCCAGUUUUAGGAGAGGCGCCGACUUCGAUUCUUGGGGCCAGCUGGUGGAGGCGAUAGACGAGUAUCAGAUAUUAGCAAGACAUCUACAAAAAGAGGCCCAAGCUCAGCACAAUAAUUCUGAAUUCACAGAAGAACAAAAGAAAACCAUAGGCAAAAUUGCAACAUGCUUGGAAUUGCGAAGUGCAGCUUUACAGUCCACACAGUCCCAAGAAGAAUUUAAACUGGAGGACCUGAAGAAACUAGAACCAAUCCUAAAGAAUAUUCUUACAUAUAAUAAAGAAUUCCCAUUUGAUGUUCAGCCUGUCCCAUUAAGUUUUUCAGCUCACUAUUUUUCCUGCCCUUUUUCAUGUAGAAGGAUUUUAGCACCUGGUGAAGAAGAGAAUUUAGAAUUUGAAGAAGAUGAAGAAGAGGGUGGUGCUGGAGCAGGGUCUCCUGAUUCUUUUCCUGCUAGAGUACCUGGCACUUUAUUACCAAGAUUGCCAUCAGAACCAGGAAUGACGUUACUCACUAUCAGAAUUGAGAAAAUUGGUUUGAAAGAUGCUGGGCAGUGCAUCGAUCCCUAUAUUACAGUUAGUGUAAAGGAUCUGAAUGGCAUAGAUUUAACUCCUGUGCAAGAUACUCCUGUGGCUUCAAGAAAAGAAGAUACAUAUGUUCAUUUUAAUGUGGAUAUCGAACUCCAGAAGCAUGUUGAAAAAUUAACCAAAGGUGCAGCUAUCUUCUUUGAAUUCAAACACUACAAGCCUAAAAAAAGGUUUACCAGCACCAAGUGUUUUGCUUUCAUGGAGAUGGAUGAAAUUAAACCUGGGUCAAUUGUAAUAGAACUAUACAAGAAACCCACUGACUUUAAAAGAAAGAAAUUACAAUUAUUGACCAAGAAACCACUUUAUCUUCAUCUACAUCAAACAUUGCACAAGGAAUGAUCCUGACAUGAUUAACCUGGAACAUCUGUGAAUUUUACCACUCGGUAGAAACCAUCAUAGCUCUGUGUAGCAUAUUCACCCUUCAACAGGCAGGAAGCAAGCUGUACCCAUACCAGUAGGCCAGAGUGAGUCCACUGCAAAGCUGUACCACAGAAUUCAAAGUCCAGCACAUCACUGAUGUAUAAGACUCCUUUGGAUACAGGUUUAUUGUAGAUUUCAAAAUAUGUUUUUACUUUUCUAUUAAUUGUGCAAUUAAUAGUCUGUUUUGUAAUUUACCACUACUCCUACCCUGCUUCCUGGAACAAUACUGUUGUGGGUAGGAUGUGCUCAUCUUCAAACUUAAUACAGCAAUAAGAAUGUGCUAGAGUUUACACAUUUGUUCACUUUUGCUCUCAUAUGCUCUUUUGGUUUGAGUUAACUUCAAGCUUUGGGUUGAUGUGGGUAGGAUAGUAUCCAACUGUUUUGAGAGGAAUUGAACCAAUUAUGUUGGGCCUCUGAAGGUCUGUCUGGAUAUUUAUAGAUUACUCCUCAGAAGUGGCUUCAGUUCACCCUGAUCUGAUAGUUUUCCUGCUUAGAAAGUGUGCCUUGGCCAGAUCGGUAUUCCAUAUGGGAAUGUUCCCCAGGUUGUAGCUAUGAUUUUUUUCCAGAUGACACGAUUGUUCUUCUGAAAGUGAGCUUAUUUUUAGUCAUGUUGAUUAGCUGUUCUUCUACAUCACAUUGUUACUCUUUCUGAUAAUGAUUCUCGGGUUAACGUUGGAACCAUCUCAAAAUAAUUAAAAAUUUUUAGAUGGGUUUACAGUGUCUUCUAAAUCAUGUCAUCUAAAAAUAAUUGAGUCAGAUGCUAACGAGAUACUGCAGGCAUAACUGCUGUUUUUCUGACAACUGAUUGUGAAACCUUAAAACCUGCAUACCUCUUCUUAUAGUGAUGAGUAUGCAAAAUUUGGAAAGAUAUUCUAUUUUUUUUAUAUAGGUAGAUAGAAUUGCCACUUAUUUCUUAUUUAGAUAUAUUGACAUUCAUCCAUAUAAAAUAUGCAGGUCAUUAGCUUAUGAUAAUUUGAGUAUUUACAUUACUUUUAAUGUGGCAUAAAUAAAACUUUCAUAAUACAUAUGAGGUGGAUAUUUGAUACACAGAACAUUGAUUUGUGGUGGGCUUUCUGUGGGUGAGAUGUAGAAGCCACAUAUUUUAAUAUUCACUAUUUUAAAUGAGCAGUGCAUGAAGGGAAUGCAGUGUCAGUACCUGGUGUAUUUUUAAACUAGUGUAAUAACCCGUCAUACUAUUCAGGAUGUUUGCUUUUUAAAUAAGUAACCACAAUUAAGUUGUUUUAGCCCUUGCACUUCAAGAGAUCUAGUCUUUACUUUCAGUUGUCUAUUAGGUCAAUUCUGUUUACUAGAUGGAUAUUAAUAAAAACUAUAUGAGCCUAAAAAAAUUCUCAACAAAAUUUAGUCGUCUCAUCUUUAUUGGAUUAAUUCCAAAUUUUAAAAUGAUUCAGUCCACAAUAGCUCUAGAGGUGAAGGAUUUGCCUUAACAAAUUACUUUGUUGUUCACUCAACUCUUAAGACUAUGAGUUAUCAAACCCCCAGACUGUAAGCUCCUCAAGGGGCAAGAACUGCAUUUUCUUUGUGUCAUGUAAAUUUUCUAAGGUGCUUGGCAGCACUCUGUACCCUGUGGAGUACUCAGUCCUUUUUGUUUGAUGUUGCUGAUGAGACCUGAAAAAAUCCCUUAAAAAACAUCUAUUAAAAUGUAGCAAAACUGAUAUAUUGUUCUUUCUCUUUUCUCACAGACUCUAAGACAUGUAUAUCAAAGUGAUAAUUUAUAUGAAGAAAUAUUUGCUAACCUUCACAUAAAUAUGGUUUAUAUGAACUACAGAUGCCUUUCAUCAGCAUUAAAGCAGCUUAA